AACACACAGCGCACACGACUCUGACUCACACGCAGUCCACCAUUUUUCCGUGUGGCUUGUCAUUGUGAGGAAAACUCAGUUUGAGUGCAGUUGAAAUUGUUUUUCACCGUUGUGUGAUUGGACACGCGUCUGAAAACGAAUAACUAAUAAAUAUAUCAAGCGCAAAACAAUUACAAACCGCUUGUAAUUGUCGUGGCAGUAACUACAUACGGGCAAAAUACAAACUUUUAAAUUGUGUGAAAAAAAGUACAGAUCUGUCUGAUUUCACAUAAGAACAAGGCAAGCUUGUGGAACGUAAGAAGUUGUCGGAAAAAUCUAAAGAAAAACGUAUAGAUAUAGACACGAAGUGCAACACAAACACAAAAAGGAAAAAAGACCAAUUACGCAUUUUUUGUUGCAAAUUGCCAGUGUGUGCAUUCUGAAAAAUAAAAAGAACAAGAACAAUUGCAAAAUUUUCCUAAACGGAAAGCAAGAAAAAACAAGCAACUGAUUGGAGGAUAAUAUGAGUAAUGUUAUUAACCAAAAUGGAACAGGUCUAGAGCAGCAAGUUGCUGGUCUGGACUUGAAUGGCGGCACGGCUAACUAUAGCAGCCCCAUAACAACCAAGACUUCCAGUAAUUCGGUCACCGGUGGCGUUUAUGUGCCCCCGCAUCUUAGAGGUGGUGGUGGCAAUAACAACGCUGAUAUAGAAAAUCAGGGGCAAGGUCAAUCAUUUGACAGCAGAGCCGCUCCGCGUCAAGACAGCAGGGACCAGCAGCAACAACGGGGCGGUGAAUAUCGCAGAGGUGGCGAUCGCGGUGGUAAUCGCGGCUUUAAUCGUCAGAGCGGGGAUUACGGUAGUUUUGGCAGUGGAGGUGGUGGACGUCGCGGCAACGGUCGCUACGAAGAUAAUUAUAACGGUGAAUUCGAAUCACGUCGCGGCGGCGACGAUUGGAAUCGUGGACGUGGCCAGAAUCAGCGCUACAACGAUCGACGCGGUCCAUCCUUUCGCGGCGGCGGUGCCGCUGGCGCUGGAGGCAGCGCAAAUGCGCUCAAUGAGCAAGGUGAGCCAGAGGCACAGCAGCCACGCAACGAUCGCUGGCAGGAGCCGGAGCGUCGUCCACAGGAAGGCGGCGGAUACGAGGGUGGCGCUGCCGAUGGUGGCGCCCCAGCUGGUGGUGGUGGCAACAGAAGCUUCAAUAGAGGCGGUGGUGCCGGAGGUGGUGGCGGCUACAACAGUCGCUGGAAGGAAGGCGGCGGCACCAACGUGGACUUUACCAAAUUGGGAGCACGCGACGAACGUUUGGAACAAGAGCUCUUCGGCGUCGGCAAUACCGGCAUCAAUUUUGACAAAUACGAGGAUAUUCCCGUGGAGGCGACGGGCCAGAAUGUCCCACCUCACAUUACAUCAUUCGAUGACGUGCAGCUGACCGAAAUUAUACGCAACAACGUGAAUUUAGCACGCUAUGAUAAACCGACACCGGUGCAAAAAUAUGCCAUCCCGAUCAUUAUAAGCGGUCGCGAUUUGAUGGCCUGCGCCCAGACCGGUUCUGGCAAGACAGCAGCAUUCCUGCUGCCCAUAUUGAAUCAAAUGUACGAGCACGGCAUCUCACCGCCACCGCAGAAUAAUCGUCAGUACAGUCGCCGUAAGCAGUAUCCGCUCGGUCUGGUGCUGGCACCGACCCGUGAACUGGCCACCCAAAUAUUUGAGGAGGCCAAAAAGUUCGCCUAUCGUUCGCGUAUGCGUCCGGCUGUGCUUUACGGCGGCAACAACACUAGCGAACAAAUGCGUGAAUUGGAUCGUGGUUGCCAUUUGAUUGUGGCCACACCGGGCCGUUUGGAAGAUAUGAUCACGCGUGGCAAGGUGGGCUUGGAGAAUAUACGCUUCCUUGUGCUCGACGAGGCCGAUCGUAUGUUGGACAUGGGUUUUGAACCGCAAAUACGUCGCAUAGUCGAGCAGCUAAAUAUGCCACCCACUGGACAACGCCAGACGCUCAUGUUCUCGGCCACAUUCCCUAAACAGAUUCAGGAGUUGGCCUCCGAUUUUCUCAGCAAUUAUAUAUUUUUGGCUGUCGGACGAGUAGGCUCGACAUCGGAGAACAUCACACAGACCAUAUUGUGGGUCUAUGAGCAGGAUAAGCGCUCGUAUCUGCUCGACUUGUUGUCCUCGAUACGAGAUGGCCCUGAAUAUAGCAAGGAUAGUCUAACAUUGAUUUUUGUGGAGACCAAGAAGGGCGCCGACUCGCUGGAGGAAUUCCUAUAUCAGUGCAAUCACCCGGUGACCAGCAUCCAUGGCGAUCGCACACAAAAGGAGCGUGAAGAAGCGUUGCGCUGCUUCCGCUCUGGCGAUUGCCCCAUUUUGGUGGCCACCGCUGUGGCUGCACGUGGGUUGGACAUUCCACAUGUUAAGCAUGUCAUCAAUUUCGAUUUACCCUCUGAUGUCGAGGAAUAUGUGCAUCGCAUUGGUCGUACCGGCCGUAUGGGCAACCUGGGUGUGGCCACGUCCUUCUUCAACGAGAAAAAUCGCAACAUUUGCUCCGAUCUGCUGGAGCUGCUUAUUGAGACCAAGCAGGAGAUACCCAACUUCCUGGAGGAUUUGCUCUCUUCUGAUCGUGGCCACGGUGGCGCCAAGCGACGCGGCGGCGGCGGUGGCGCACGCUAUGGCGGCGGCUUCGGCUCACGCGAUUACCGCCAGUCAUCAGGCGGUGGUGGCCGAAGCGGCGGCGGUGGUGGAGGUGUCAGUCGCUCUGGUGGUGGUGGAAGUGGUGGAGCCGGCGGCGGCGGUGGUGGAAACUAUCGCAGCAAUGGAAACUCGUUUGGUAAGUUUGGUAGUGGAAAUGCUCCCGGUGGCUCCUAUGGCGGCUCCUACGGUGGUUCGCAUGCGAACUCAGGACCGGAUUGGUGGGGCAACUGAGCAAGGGCGCCGUGUCAGCCGCAGGGCGAGCAGGCGCAUCGGGCUGCUGUGAGACGCGAUUAUCGAAAAAUUUAAGAAUAAAUCAACAACAACCAACAACAACAACACCAGAGCAAAAUGAGAGAGAGCGGCAUAUGCAUACGAGAAGCGAGGAACCGAUAACAACUAUAUAAAAUAUAUAGAACAGCAAAUGUGAAAGAGAAACUGUCUGUGCGCAGCGCAACACAGCAAACACACACACAUAUAUAUGCAUAACACACACACACACACACACAUAAACAUACACACAUACAUAAGCAACAACUGCAAUGCACUCACUCCAUCUAUAUACAUACUUACAUACAAAAACAUACAUAAUACACUCACUCUCAUAUACAAUAGCAAGCAAAUGAUAAAGAACCGUUGAAAUAAAAUGCAGAAUUAUUAUAAAAUAUUCAUGUAUAGUUUAUAAUAAGCAACACUCAAAAUCAUUAUCACACACAAAUACACACAAACAAAGAAACACA